AUGGAUGAGAUCUAUGAGGAUCCUGAGUAUGCUGAGAUGGGAAAAUUCAAGGAGUUAUCGGUUGAGGAUGAUGAGAGUGAGGGCUUGGAUGAUACGGCAGCAAGUGUGGAGGCAGCAGUGAAACUGGAAGAGGAGAUAGUCACCAUGGAGGUAGCAGCAGUGAAUGGUGGAGAUGGAGACGAUGUCAACACUUUUGCAGCAGUGAUCGUGGUUGAAGAUGAAGCAGUAAAUGCGAAGUGUGUGGGAGUUGAAGCUGUGAAAGGGGACAUCAUGGUGAAGGGAUCAAAGGCAGCUGCUGCUCCUUCCGCCGCAGAGGAGGCAGCAGCACACGCAGCAGCCAUUGCAGCAGCAGGAGGCACAGCAGCAGCAGUGGCAGCGCCAGCAGCGGGUGCAACGGGGGGGAAUGUGGGAGCAGCAGCAGCGGUGGCGGAGGCGCGGCCUUUGGUGUGCCGGCAGUACUCGCUGGCGGAGGUGGCGGCAACGACGGGCGAGUGGGCGGAGGCGAACCGCAUUGGCAGCGGCAGCUUCGGGGAUGUGUACAAGGGCGCCAACCCCACCGCUCCCCAUGACAUCUGGGCCGUCAAACGCGCCAAGGUCCUCACCAACGACUUCAAGCGCGAGGUGAACGAGAUGGCGACGAAGAGCCAUCCGCAUCUGGUGCGGCUGCUGGGGUACUGCUUGGACAUCAGUCCAGACACGGAGCGCAUGGAGCAGAUCGUCAUCUACGAGUUCGUUGACAACGGCGACCUCGACCGCUGGAUCGGACCGAGUGAGCCCUUUAACACUCGCACUUCCAUGCCCUGCUUUGGAGUGGUGAUGCUGACGCUCAUCACAGCUCGCAAGGCCAUCUACAACGCGGAUGCAGAUCAGAUCAACCUCAAGCAAUGGGUGGCUCCGCUGCUGGCAGCGGGCGACGCAGGAGCGAUGAGGGACCCGCAGCUGGAGGCGCCGGACGACUUGGUGCUGCGCAUGGCCCGCCUCGCCCUGCGCUGCACCGCCAUGCCCACCGCCUCGCGCCCCUCCAUCAGCCGUGUGCUCGGCGAGCUGCUCGUCAUGAAGGAGGAGUUUCUCGGGCAGGAGGAGGACCGCAUGGCGGCGCGCAUUGACCGCGAGCUGGAGAGCUCCUCUGAUGUCAACCUCAGCAUGGAGAUUGCACGUGCCCAGGGAGCAAGGAGCAGCGGAGGAAUUUCGAGCAACGUAUGA